GGAAACUCCGCCAUCGAUUCAUCAUGAACUGAUUCCUGGCAGUGUUGCCCCACUCCCGAGGAUCUGGGAAGAAUAUGAAACCAGCUGUGUCGAAGGUCUUCCUUUCUUUUAUCAUGGUUGGGCCGGAGUAUCCCACAGUCAAAUGCUUGUGUUGCAUACUUUUUUUUUGAGUCUUGAGUGAUUUUGUCAACAUUAUGUACAGCUGGCUCUUGAGGUGUGUUCAGUCAAGAAGACUUGAUGAGAUUGCUGGAAGUGUUUCUUGGGGGGGUUGUCUCUUCUUUUACAUAAUAGUUUGUUUUCUGAGUUUGAUGGCUUAUUUUACUACUAUACUAUUCUUAAACUAUCAUGUCCACCUCCCUGCCUGAGCCUCCCCCCUCCUCCUCCUCCUCCCCACCACUCGUUGGCACCCCACUGAUCAACAACUCACACCGACGCUCAUUCUCGGUCUCCUCGCUCUCCCAGAAUGCAUACUACCAUCUCUACCACAGUCUGCCCUCCACCCCCAGGCUGAGUCUCCCGCUCCAUCGGACUUCGAUCAUCGAUCAAGCCACCUCGACUCAUUCGAACCAUCAGAUCAUCAUAAUCGCUCUCAAGAAACUCAUCGUUGUCUUUGCUUCAGUCCAUUCUGUCAUCAGUACCGCAUCCCUCGCCCUAGCAUUGAUCAGGAGGAGCAGAGCAACUAAGAGAGGAGAAACACGCUCGUUAUGGAAUGUGAUGAGGACGGUAUGGUCGGACGAGAAGAUCACGAGGCUAGCGGCCUUCCUAGGCGGAUACUCGGCGCUGUGGACGCUGGCCUUUCCCGCGCUCUCCAAGCUACGCCGACCAGAUCCCGGGGCCGAGUCGGAGCCCUCCGCCGACCAGAUCACCUCCGCCCCCGCUCCUCCCUCGAUCCUCGAUCGUCAUCGACUGCAACUCGCCCAGUUUCUGGCCGAUUGGGCCGCCGCUAUCGCUGGCGCUAUCGCGGGAUUGGCUCUGUUGGCUCAGUCUAAACAGGAACGCGUUAACUUGGCUCCUAAUAUCUUUUGUCGAGGUCUAUAUACCUUAUUGAAAUACAAACCCAUGAUGAAUUUCCCGCAUGGAGAUCUACUAUUAUUUGGAAUUUCGAAUGCACAGAUCAUGUCAGCCUUUGUGCUGAGUCCACAGACGCUUCCAUCCUGGUAUUGGCAUUGGAUCCGGCGGGUGGGGAGUCUGGACGAGAAGUUCCUGGAGCUCCAUCGGUUGUUGAACCAACACAAGCUGGCCGACAUGGGUCUUCCCAAGCAAGUCAUCGACCGCACCCGGCCCAGGACGCUCGGAAACGAGCACCGGCUCACCAAUUGGCUCAGCCAUCCCGACCCGCUCGCCGCCCCUACCGCUCCCUGUCAUUUCAAUCACCCCGCCUUCGACAGCUGUAUCCUCGGUAACGGAUCUCGCACUUGGCGCGCUUUCAAAUCUAUGCUGCCUACCUAUGCUAUCCUACAUCUCGUCCCAGCCCUCCUGUUUAGAAGCAAAGUGUUUAUCAAAUCACCCACAUCAUUCCUGAUUUCGAUUGCAAGAAAGACGACCUCCUCGGCCCUGUUCCUGGCCACGUUUGUCUGGAUCAUCCUCUUCUCAGUCUGUGUUCCCUCGCGGAUCUACGAGUCUUCGAACGGCCUGGUCAAGCUCCGCGGCGCCAAAUGGAACGGACUCGUUGGCUUUGCAACGGCUUGCUCGUUGUUGUGGGAGGAUCCUAGACGGAGAGGCGAAUUGGCGUUAUACUGUGCCCCCAAAGCAUUAGCGUCGAUCUGGCAAGUGAUGAAGACGAAGGGGGUGGUGAAGAGUGUCCGGUAUGGGGAGAUGAUCCUAGCGAGCAUUGGGACGGGGACGUUGAUGCAUUGUUUUGUGCAUGCGCCCCAGAGCAUGCCGGCGUUGAUCCGCGGGACGCUUGGACAGCUCAUCGACCCGCAUUUCCCCGGUCGAUCGGCGACCGUCGGAAGAAAGGAGAAAUCGACUAAACUGGGCUCCGUCUCUUUCGCCACUACUCAGCCUCCUCCUGGACUGGUCCCCCCUCCUAACAAGACCAAUCACUCCGCCCUGCCGCCUCACUCCCUCUUCCCUCAAGAUGAUCUCAGUGAUGGCAAGAUUCAUUACUUUGGCCUUCUUGGACAUGACACUCAAGUUCCUUGAUCCUCUUCUUCUUCUUCUUUCCUCUUCUUCUUUCUUCUUCUUCUUUCUUCUUCUUCAUUUUUCUUCUUCUUCUAUUGUAUAGAGUAUCAAUCAAGAGCAAGUAAAUAUCAACAAGCAUUUUCAUUUUUUUUUUUGUUCUGGGUUUUGGUUAUACUCAUAUAUACUAUUAGGUAUUUGAGCUGAACUGUCGCUUCUUGUGAAUCUUAAUCACAUAGACUCACAGGACAGAGAGUGUUUUUUUUUCAAAC